UGUUUAGAUUUUUGAAUGCAUUACACACGGAAUGGCAUUUUAAAACUUAUGGCCAAACUGCGAAUCUGCACACUUCAAAGCGAGCUGUUGGGAGUUGAAAUCGAAUAACAGUCAGCUGUGUAACUUCGACGGUUGAGCACGCGCACUCCACUCCGUUUAAUAGAAAAUCAACAGAUUCAUGUGUUGAUAAAAACUAAAAAAAAACUAUGAAACUCUAUAAAAGUUGGUUGUUGCCAGCAACAUGUACCAUCAUUUUAGUUGUAACAACUUAUGCAACAUCAACAGAGGCAGCUAAACAAAAACAAGCGGAAGUGAAUUUACAACAAGUUGCUGCUACUGCAGCUCCUUCAAGAGCAUUAAAAUAUGGUGAUAAGACAACUAAAAAACUACCAAAUCAGGAAAUACAUUUGCUCCCCACAUCUCCUACCUUAGUAGAUAAACACAUUUCCUCAAAACGGCCACGUUCCAGAGUAGAACGUAUAGAAUUGCCAACAAAUCGAGCAAAUGCACAAAUAUCCAGACGUUAUGAAAGUGGAUCACAACAAAAUAAAUUGAUUGUGGAACACGAUAUACCAAUUGUUCAUAAAAGUCAGGAAUUAUUUAAUAAGCCAAUAACCCCAACAGCAGCGGGUCAACAACGGAAUGCAAUUUCCAAUCGAUCACGUUCUGCAAAUACUCUCACAAAAACUCAACAGCAACUGCAACCCACACAAUAUUCCAAUUUAAAUGAUCAAGUCGAUAAAAGUAUUACAACAACAAGAGUAAUACACAAUAGUCGUCAACAUAAACCAACAACGACAACAACAACUUCACGUACUAUACCAUCAAUAAAUAAUAAUAACCAGCCCCCUUUAUCAUCACGUAAUGCAAAUGUUCAAACUCAUCACUCAACGAGCAGCAGCAACUCAACAUUUGUUAGUCAUCAUCAUCAUCAUCGCGGCAACCCAAACAAAAACAAUAACAAUUUUAAUAGCAAGUCUCAGCCAUUGUUAGCUUCUUCCAAUGCUGUCGCUAUUACUAGUGGUGGUGGUGGCGAUGGUCGUCUACAUUCAAAUAUUGAAACUAGUUCAAAACGACAAAGAGCCACCCGACCAUCAUUUCAAUUGCCCAACAACUUUAAUAUCUUUACACCAGAAUUUUGGCAAUUCUUAAAUCCCAACACUAGUCCAGCGCCAAGAAUUCGCACAACCAUAAAGUCUACUACGACAACUACAACAAAGAAACCGCCCAAAAAAUAUAAACCUCCUACGCAAAUAACAACCAAAGAGGAAAAACUUAGUCUGGUAAAACCAAAACAGACUACUCCCGCAAGAACCACUACUAGCACCAAAAAACCAGACUUAAUUAAUAAUGAACAUAAUGAACAUACAGCGAAAAGAGAUGAUGGACCAUUUCGCAUAGCCUUACCCACAUUCAAUAUAUUAAGUUCUAAACGUGAAACCUAUAAUGAUGAAGGUGAAAAAGGUAAAAGAAAUGUGGACAAGGAAGGUAAUUUGCGUGAACGUUUCGAUUGUCCACGUGAAAGUGAGGUACGUUUUCAGUUGUUUCCAAAAAUUUGCAAAAUAGAUGAGGAUUGUAAGGUGUGGAAUCGAGAGGAAAUAUGUUGUGAAAUUUUUGGAGCAAAAAGUUGUGUAUCGGGUAUACCGAAACCAUUGGAAGAAACAUCACAUGCACCUAUAUUGGGUGUCAUACCCCGUAAAUGCCCUAACAGACCUUUGGCGGAAUUAUGGUGGGAAGUUAAGGAAUGUGAAACCGAUAUGGAUUGUUGGCCAAGAGUUUGUUGUCCCGAUGGUCGUAGACGCUAUUGUCGUACUUCACAGCCCGAAUUGAAUACAGUACCAGUACCGGUACAAAGAUCUUUUAAUUACUUAUCGGAGUAUUUGGAAUGUACACCACCUCCACCACCCAUCUUCGAUUUACACCCAAAAGCUUGUACUUCUACUUUGGAUUGUUUUCCUAAUGUCUGCUGCCAAGAAGCCGGUCUACGUCAUUGUCGACCACCCAAGAAAUCUGUUUUAACCAUGUUGGCUAAUGUUUUCAAUGUGGAUUUCGUUAAACGUCUAACACAAAAUAUUGUCAUUAAGUAAAGUUUUUAACAGUCUAUGGAAAUCGCCAUAUAUUGUUUACAAGUAAUUUUUGAUGAUUUUCCUAAAAAAACCCCUUACUAAGAUUUUGGUGAUAUUUUAUAUGAUAUUUCGUUAUUGUUAAAAGAAAUAUUUUAGUAAAUAUUUAUUAUUUUUCUUGUUAUCAUUACUACUAAUUAGCACUAUAGACAAUGUUGUCGUUUCUUGCCUUUUGAUUAUUAUCUAUUUAAAAUGUAUAUAAACAUGUAGUAUAUAGUUUGUAUCUUAGCACUGUAGUUUGGGAGUUCUUGCAUUUAAUUGAUGUAUCUUCAUAUAUAGAUACUUAUGUAUGUUCAGAUAUUCUAUAUAGAUAGAUAUACCGUAUGUAACAUACUACAUAUAAAUGUAAAUAUGUAUGUAUGUAGUACUAAUGUAUGUACAACUAUCUAUUAGUAAAUAUAAAUGCACGAGAAUCUUGUGUAAUUGUUGAUAUAUUGUAGGUUUUAUAUAUUUUUUGUUGCAUUAUCAAUUGUAUUGUAAAAUCAUUUAUUUAACAUAUCGAGGCAUUAUAUUCAAAAAAGGCUAACUCAAAAAAGUCUAGUUUUCAGGAGAGCAAAAAACUGUUUGCGUAAUAUUGAACAAAUAUUAAUAAAUUAAAAAUAUGUUUAUAAUAAUCUUAAUUGUAAUACAUUCAGUUUAUUAUAGGAUUUAUUUUGAGUUAGCUUAUUUUUUUCAAUAAGAAAAUUAUAACAUUAAUAGGUAAAAUAAAUACAUAUAACUAUACAUAUUUCCGAAUUUUUUAAGCAUAUUCCUGUUCAGUAUGUCAUAUGGGCAAUUCCAUACGCUUGUAUGUGACAUUCGCACGCCUUCAGAGUGGUAUAGAUUAGGAGUACUUGGAAAACAAUUUUGUCAUUCUGUUCCAUUUAAAGAAUACUAUAUUUGCAAAAGGAAUCAUCCCAUUCGGAACCUUGUUUUUCAAAAUAUGGAUUAAAAUAUGGCGAUAUCAUACGUGACAAAAACGGAAGUGUUUUUAAAGUACAUGUAAAUAUAUACGAAAAUCUGCGAAUUCUGUAGGUGUAUCUUUUUUGUUUUAAUUUCUUACACUAUGGGACAUAUUGUUCAUUAGUAAUCCAUAAUUUUUAAAUAAAAAAAAAAAUAAUAU